AUGCUUCUCUCACCGUUUCUCGCAUUCGUCACUUUCCUUCUCUUCUUCUCACCAUCUUCUUCUGUCACUGCGACCUUGAAAACAUGCUCUGACAUAGUUCCGUUGAAAAAUCGAAACGACAAAAUCUCCAUAACUGAUUUUGGAGGUGUUGGCGACGGUCGCACUCUGAACACGAAAGCGUUUAGAGAGGCUGUGUUCCGCAUUCAACACCUGCGAAGGCCUGGAGGCACGCUGCUGUACGUGCCUCCGGGGGUGUUCUUAACGGAGAGCUUCAACCUCACCAGCCACAUGACGCUUUUUCUCGCUGCUGGUGCCGUUAUCAAAGCCACUCAGGAGGUGAAGAAUUGGCCUUUAAUUGUACCCUUGCCAUCUUAUGGAAGAGGGAGGGAGCUCCCUGGAGGAAGGUAUAUGAGUUUUAUCCAUGGAGAUGGACUUACUGAUGUGGUGAUCACAGGUGAGAAUGGGACAAUUGAUGGACAAGGAGGAGUGUGGUGGAACAUGUGGAGGAAGAGAACACUUAAAUAUACAAGACCAGGCCUUGUUGAAUUUGUAAAUUCUCAAGAUAUUGUUAUUUCAAAUGUGAUUUUUAAGAAUUCUCCCUUCUGGAAUAUACAUCCAGUUUAUUGCAGGAAUAUUGUGGUUCGAUAUGUCACAAUUUUGGCUCCUCGUGACUCUCCUAAUACUGAUGGAGUUGACCCAGAUUCAAGUUCAAAUGUCUGCAUAGAGGACUCAUUCAUGUCUACAGGAGAUGAUCUUGUGGCAGUGAAGAGUGGGUGGGAUGAGUAUGGUAUUGCAUACGGUCGCCCCAGCUCAAGUAUCACCAUUCGGCGCUUAACUGGAUCAUCGCCGUUUGCGGGCAUUGCUGUUGGCAGUGAAACCUCCGGCGGGGUGGAGAAUGUUCUUGCUGAACACAUCAACCUCUUCAACAUGGGAGUUGGUAUCCACAUCAAAACCAACGCUGGCAGGGGAGGGCUUAUCAAGAACAUCACACUGGCUCAUGUGUAUGUGGAGAAUGCAAGGCAAGGAAUAAAGAUUGCAGGUGAUGUAGGGGGUCAUCCAGAUGACAAGUUUAAUCCUAAAGCUCUCCCAGUUGUGAAGGGCAUCACAAUUAAGAAUGUUUGGGGAGUGACGGUUAGCGAAGCAGGUUUGAUAAAUGGAAUAAGAAAUUCCCCAUUCACAGAUGUUUGUUUGUCUAAUAUCAACUUCCAUGGUAUGAAAGGACUAAGUCCUCCCAGUUGGAAGUGUUCUGAUGUGUCCGGAUUUGCUCAUCAGGUUAGCCCUUGGCCAUGUUCUCAACUGAGCAACCAAGAGCCUGGAUCAUGUGCCAUUUAG